AUGUGGGCGAAACAUGGAUCUCUAAGUAUUGUGGAUCUGGGCAAUGACUAUUUCACAGCGUCCUUUGCCAACAAUGAUGAUCACUAUAGGGCAUUGAUGGAAGGACCGUGGCUGAUUUAUGAUCAUUAUCUCUCAGUUCAGGAGUGGAAACCAAAUUUCUGCCCAUCGAGCGAUGCAGUCGAACAAAUUGCAGUUUGGGUCAGAAUCUCAGGCCUUCCUCUUGAAUACUAUGAUGCAAGAGUCUUGGCCUUCAUUGGUAACAGAAUAGGCACAACGGUGAAAGUAGAUCGGAAUACUCUGAAAAUUGAGAGAGGCAAAUACGCCAGAUUAUGUAUGCAAGUGGAUCUCACAAAGCCACUACUUGCCAUGUUUUCUAUUAAAGGGCGUCACUACAAAAUUGAGAACGAAGGCCUACACCUCCUCUGUCUGAGAUGCGGACGCUUUGGACAUGUCAAGGAUGAAUAUGGGGUAGCAGCUUUCUUGCAAGGAGAAUUGGUGAACGUCAUGAAAAACGGAGUUAGAGAAGAAGUUAAUACAUUUAACGUGGUUAAGGAGGAUGGGCCAUGGGUGGUUGUCCAAAAAACUCAAAGAAACAGAAGACCAAAGCACCAUGAUGGCAAAGAAUCAGGGAGGAUCACGAUGGAGACACCUAACGGAAUUCCUGAGGCGGAAUUAAAUGACUUUAAAGGAGGAGAGAGUUCCACGGGAUCCAGAUUUAAUGGUCUUGAUGUCAAUAUUCCAACUAUGGAAAAAAUUGAUGCUAUAGAUACUGAUAUUGAAGUUAUUGAGGAGAUAGAAGUUAAUGAGGGGAGGGAAAAGGAUACGAUCGCGGGAAAUUCAAAUGUGUUGAAUUUAAUGGGGCCACGUAGUAAAAACAAAGAAAAAAAAAGAAAGCUAAAAGAGUGGUUAUACAGGCAACACGUGGCAUCAGCAAAGAAGGCAAAAAAGUAG